AUGUCUGCUGGAUCCUCAAAAAUUCUAGCGAAACGAGUACCACAGCGCGUUGUGGAUGUUGCAGAGGAAGUGCAAGAUUGGGAAAACCACUUAAUUAUGCGGUUUCCCGACGGAAUUGCCCCUCGAAUAGCUAAAAUGAUCGAUGAAAACAGUCGUGAAGAACUGUCGAUCAGCUUCCAGUCAGACAUGCGUCACGCGACGAUUCGAUUUGCUGAGCGUAUAAUGUCAGCAAAGAUUCACGAUUUGCCAUGCAUCGUGGAGGUAAUGAAAACAAUAGACAAGAAGAAUAUCUACAAAGUUGCUGACAUCUCCCAAAUAAUGGUCUGUUCUAAUGAUCUUGCUCCAGAGGAGCCGCCCAUUCCCAAUGAUCUCCCAAAAUCCAAACGUGACAGAAUGUUUCAGUGGCCACAUGGAUUGACUCCGCCCAUGAAGAGUGCUCGGAAACGUAGAUUUCGCAAAACUAAGAAGAAGAAAUACAUGGAUGCCCCAGAAGUUGAGCGUGAACUGAAACGUUUGCUUCGUGCAGAUCUGGAAGCUAGUUCUGUUCGUUGGGAGGUGGUCAGCCCAGAAGAAACGAGGAACGAAGAUCCAGGUCCACCAAGUGAGGCAGCUGUAUUUGGAGAUGUUAGUAACUCUGAAGAUGAGGAAGCCUCACCGAAGCAGGCAGCUACAUCACCAGCAGUAUCAGCAAAAACACCUUAA